CCGGGGGCUGCUCAGCCCGCUCCUGCCCGGCGAGGCUCACGUACCGACUCGGGCCGGGCUCGUCGCGGCGGCGGUUGGGACCCGAGAGCGCACAGGAAAGUCUCAUCUCCUCCUUCCAGCCCUGGGCUGUUAGUGCCUACCCACAGGAACUGUUUUUUAGCUUGGUUCUUCACUGCAAAUCACUGCAGGCUCUGCCUGCUCAGCAGGGUCAACAGCAGCACCAGCUGGAGUUGGGGCGGCAGGAGCACUUGAUGGGUUUAUACCUGUAGUCCCAAAUGCCAAUUGUGGUACACCUACUGCUGAUUCAUUUAAUAGCUCUAGAUUCUGUUCUAACAGUGCUUGGUGAUCUUCCUUUGGGAUGAAGCAGGCUCACAGAUGGGUCAGGGACUCUGGAGAGUUGCUAGGAACCAGCAGCUGCAACACCAAGGAUACAGUGGACAAGGCUAUCUUACCAGAGAUCAUGGUAGGAGGAUAGCUACUAACAGUGUUUCCAAUACCAGCCAUCGCAAACAAGCCCAAGGAGGCAUUGAUAUCUACCACCUGUUGAAGACAAGAAAAUCUAAAGAACAGGAAGGAUUCAUUAACCUGGAAAUGCUGCCACCAGAGCUUAGUUUUACCAUCUUGUCAUACCUGAAUGCAACUGAUCUCUGUCUAGCUUCAUGCGUCUGGCAGGAUCUUGCUAAUGAUGAGCUUCUCUGGCAAGGGUUGUGCAAAUCCACUUGGGGUCACUGUUCUAUAUACAAUAAGAAUCCGCCUCUAGGAUUUUCUUUUAGAAAAUUGUAUAUGCAGCUAGAUGAGGGCAGUCUCACCUUUAAUGCCAACCCUGAUGAGGGAGUCAACUACUUUAUGUCCAAGGGCAUACUAGAUGAUUCGCCGAAAGAAAUAGCUAAGUUUAUCUUUUGCACAAGAACACUAAAUUGGAAGAAGCUGAGAAUCUACCUUGAUGAAAGGCGAGAUGUUUUGGAUGACCUUGUGACGCUGCACAACUUCAGAAAUCAGUUCUUGCCAAAUGCACUGAGAGAGUUCUUCAGACACAUUCAUGCUCCUGAGGAGCGUGGGGAGUACCUUGAGACUCUCAUAACAAAGUUCUCUCACAGAUUCUGUGCUUGUAACCCUGAUUUGAUGAGAGAGCUUGGCCUUAGCCCUGAUGCAGUGUACGUACUGUGUUACUCUUUGAUUCUGCUUUCCAUUGACCUAACAAGCCCUCACGUGAAGAAUAAAAUGUCAAAGAGGGAAUUCAUCCGAAAUACACGAAGAGCUGCACAGAAUAUUAGUGAAGAUUUUGUAGGACACCUUUAUGACAACAUCUACCUUAUUGGCCAUGUAGCUGCCUAAAAGCACAAUUUGCUAGCACUUAAAAUUUGUAAUUUUCAAAAACUAUAUCAAUUCAAGAAAUUAAUUAUUUUGUAGAGAUGGGGGUUAUUUUAGUGCUGGUCAUUCUAACCUCUGUAUGCAAUCAAAUUUUGUGUGUGUAAGUGUGUGUAUGUGUUAAACUACCUUUUCUAUCUAUUUACCGUGGGAACGGAAGGAUUUGGAGAUUUGGUUUUCAUAAUUUUUUUAGUUUUGCACAAAACAAUGCCAUUAGUCUGACACAGCCAUUUACGAAUGUUAAACUGACAGUGCAGUCUAAGCUGACAAAGUGGUGAAUUCGUGCAUUAGAUCUGCUUGAAACUUUAAUAAGUUCAUUCUUUUUAGAAUACCAUGUAAUGUGUAUAUAUUUAACUAAAGAGAUUUAUAAUCAUAAUUAUUUUAUUGUAAAAUAUUUUAACUAAAAUUUCUCCUUUUAUCUCUUAAAA